AUGAAUGGACAGACGUCGCAAGCGCCUCAAUGGGAUAUUGGCAGAGCGGGACCUGGGGGAAUCGGACGAUUUUUGGAAAACGGGAACAAGGGUUGGAAAUGGAAUGAACCGUGGGGGGGGGAUUGCAUGGGAAACAACAUGUCAAUAACAACAGCAAACCCCGUCCGGUUCACCGUUUGGCUCAUCAUUGCUAAGAAAUUGGUGGAUGGGGACUUCCCAGCUGUAAUGGAUCCGGGUGCAUUGAUGGCUAAUUUUGAUGGGCAAUCAAGGCUAGACCGGCAAUUUCGACUCCGGCGUUGUAUCGAAUCGUACUGCCCGGGGAACAACCCAGAGACGCAUUCCGUGAGAGAAUGGCGUAGGAUGCGCUCUGCCGGCGUUUCCAUAAUUACUGCACCAAACUCGGGGUUUCGUUGGAAUGUCGCGGCGUAUGGAGCGAAGGAUUUUGUAGGCUUGAUCAUAGCUCAUAUUUUGACAAAUAGGCUGUUUGUUCCGAAAGAGACGACGGUUUCCAUAAAAAGGUACGGACGAUGGAUGAAUCAUUCACAUCAGCCAGCACCACCCUGA